AUGCUCACAAGUGUGGAACAAAGACAUCGUGGCAAAUAUGCAAAAUACUGCACCUGCACUGCAAACCUGUCAAAUGUUUCUAAUCUCUCUACAGAUAAAAACUCAGGGAGAUUGCAAUGUUGUGGUUGGGUGCUGGUUAUUGUAUCCUUCAUCUUUGCAAUACUAACCUGCCCGCUCACAAUAUUUCUGUGCGUUAAGAUCGUGAAGGAGUAUGAGCGAGCUGUCAUUUUCAGACUCGGCCGGAUUGCAGACAGGAAACCUAAAGGGCCAGGCCUUUUUAUGAUUUUGCCCUGCACUGACACCUUUGUAAAAGUUGAUCUGAGAACUGUAUCCUUUGACAUCCCUCCACAAGAGAUCCUAACCAAGGACUCAGUGACUGUGUCUGUGGAUGGUGUGGUGUAUUUCCGCAUUUACUGCCCAAUCUCAGCUGUGACCAAAGUGUCCAACGCACACUCAUCUACACGACUUCUCGCUCAAACCACUCUGAGGAAUGUGCUUGGUACCAAAAACCUUGCCGAACUUCUGUCUGACAGAGAGGGUAUUUCAGUCAGCAUGCAGGAAUCCUUGGACGAAGCCACUGAUCCGUGGGGCAUCAAGGUGGAGCGUGUGGAGAUCAAGGAUGUGAAGCUGCCGCAGCAGAUGCAGCGAGCCAUGGCAGCUGAGGCCGAGGCCAGCCGGGAGGCCAGGGCCAAGAUCAUUGCUGCAGAGGGAGAGAUGAAGGCCUCCAGGGCUCUUAAAGAAGCUUCUGUUGUGAUGGCUGAGGCACCUUCUGCUCUCCAGCUGCGAUACCUGCAGACUCUCAACUCCAUCGCAGCAGAGAAGAACUCCACCAUCAUCUUCCCUUUGCCUAUAGACAUGCUGCAGUCUUUUAUGCAGAGAAAGUGA